AUGGCGACAUGGGCGGGCGGCCGCGUGCUAUCCAACUCUGCCGUCCUUGAGACCAUCUCCAGCUUCGCCACCAGCCAAGCCGAUCUAGGAGCGGACGAUGCCGGGGCUGCCAAGCCGACGGGAGCAUCCCGGGAGGACAGCGAGCUGGCGGCGACGCCCAGCGCCGACCCUGAGCUGUGGGCAGCCAUCUACGACAGCCUGGAGGAGCAGGCGAAGCAGCGGCGGCGCCAGCUGGCGCGCCACCUGUCCGACGCGAGCCCCGAGCUGGCGGGCCGCCUGCGCCAGCAGCGCGUGGAGCAGAUGCGGUGCAGCGCGGAGGGCGUGACCUACUUUGAGGAUCCAGCUCCGGCAGCCGGCGGCGGCUCGGGCCUGGUGCUGCCCUCCUUUGCCGGCUACCCGGCCGCGGUGCGGGAGGCGGUGCUGACCCAUCUGUGCAACGCCUUUCUGCAGCAGGAGGCGGAGCAGGAUGGAAUCAUCAACAGCAUACCCGGCUGCACCGCCCAGCUGGUGCUGGCCACCCUGGGGGACGGCAACUGCCUCAGCCACGCCUGCAGCCUGGGCCAGUGGGGGAUCCACGACCGCGACAGCCGCCUGCGCAGCGCCAUUCAGGCCACCAUGGCGCACCCGCAGGCCGGCCCGCACAUCCGCGUGCGGUUUGAGCGGCAGCUGGCGCUGAAUGGAAUACCGCAGAACGCCCCUGUUGACAGCAUCCCCUCCCUCUUUGCAAACGCAGAGGUGCCCUGCCCGCACGUGAUGGUUGAGCUGCUGGGCAGCAUCUACCUGCGGCAGGCUGCAGAGCAGCAGCAGCAGGAGCAGCAGCAGCAGGAGGAACAGGCAGAGCAGCAACAUGAAGGCCGAUGA